AAAAAAUAGUAGCAAAAUAUAACUAAAAGAAAACCAAACCCAAAUAUAAAAUUAACAAUUUUUUCCUUUCAAUAAAAACCCCUGGUUAUGGCUAGCGAAUGGGUGUGUAUGCCGCGUCUCUACGAUGUGACCAAGAAUUAUUUUCCAAGUUUUCAAACAUUCGAUCAUCCUUUAAAAUUGUCCACUGUGGUUGACAGUAAAGGCACCCGAGCUCCAAGUUUGGGUAGCAAUGCAAGCAGCAGGUCAUCCAGCAUGUCUGUAUUGGUGGAACCAUUGACUCAGUCCUUCGAUGGAACGGAUCCUCUGUCACAGUUUGCCAAGCAAGAACAAGAUGCCAUAGAUCCAUUGACUUCCAUGGCCUCGGAAUAUGAAUCUUUCAAAAAAGUCAAAUCAAAAAUACGUGACAAGGAGUCAGUGGAUAUUGUCGAUGAAACUCUGAAUUGGAAUUCACGAAGAUUGACCAUUUUAAAUAGAUUCACUACCUCCGAAAAGUUAUCAAUAUCCACAAGUUUCCUGACAGCACCAGCACAAUCCCAUUUAGGAACAGAUACCAUCAAAGUCCAAACUGUGGUUUCAGAUAAAGUCAAAUUUCGCCUAGAGCAGUUGGAUGACUUUGAGGAUGGCUCUGUGCGUCACAUGAUGGAUUUAACACAACAGGAAUAUAUACAACGUAUUGAACAAUUGAAUCAGGAAUUAGUUCAAUCCUGGCAUAAUGAUCAACGUGUUAAAGCGUUGAAAAUAGCCAUACAGUGUUCGAAAAUAUUGGCUGAUACUUCGGUGCUUUCAUUCUAUCCCAGUCAGUUUGUUCUUGUUACUGAUAUUUUAGAUAUUUUUGGUAAAUUAGUCUAUGACAGACUAAAACAGAAAUCCACAUCAGGACCAGAAUCCAUGCGGCAGGCUAAUAUGGAUAGUGCCCGUGAUACCUGUCAAAAUUGGUUUUUCAAAAUUGCCUCUAUAAGGGAAUUGUUGCCCAGACUCUAUGUGGAAAUGGCCAUACUUAAAUGUUAUGAGUUCUUGAAUGAAAACUAUGAAAAUGCCCUGGUCCGUUUAACGAAGGCUAUACGUGGCGUAGGAGACCCUUUAGUAGCUGUGUAUGCACGUUGCUAUCUGAUUAGGACUGGAGUGAGUGUAUUGGCUCCAAACAAAACCUACAUAUACCAAAAUUUUAAGGAUUUUGUGACUAUUUAUCAAACGACAUUCAGCGGUGCAAUACGUUCGGAAUUAAAUCGACAGAGAGUAGAUAUGAUAGUUUAUCUUUCCCUAUACGGGCCAGCUUUGAACUUUAUUCUGGAAGCUUUGGUACACAAAAACAAUCUCUAUAAUGAAGAAAUUCUAAAAGAUGUACAAAAUGUAAAGAACAACGGCACCAUAUUAAUGGCCAUUCUGCAUGCCUUUCAACCCGAAUUCAUUGCAGCCCAUGCCUUUGAAUUUGUAAAUGUAUUGUCUUUGUCAAACACCGAAGGAAUUUCGAAAUCGCAACUUUUCAAAGCGUUGGGUUCUAGUAUGAGUACCAGCUCCUCGCUAUGCGAAUCGAAGCAGGCCUUUCUGCAAGAGGUUUUCAAAACGAUCAAUACAUUCACAGAUCCAAGGGAAUACAUAAUGAGUGUGGAAUCAUGGGCCCAGUUUAUAGCUACCAAUAUGUCGAUAAACGAAGUCAAUAGAUUUUUGGGUGAAAUACAUUCACGUGUAUCCACAUCGAAGACAGUUUGCGAAAAACAUCAUCAACAAUUGAGAAAUAUAUUGGACAAGAUAGUGCAACAUCAAAAGGAUAUCGAACAGCUGCUAGUUCAGGAAUAUUUCCUGGUCUACCUGGAUUUAUUCCAAAAGGAAUCGCUAAAAGUUGAAGCUUGUAAAUAUAUACUCGAUAUCUAUAAACGCAAUGGAAAUGAUCACACCAAUGAUCCAGUUGUCAUUAAUGCCCUGAUGUACAUUGGCAAGAUACUGAAUGAUUAUGUAAAUGCCCUUACGGUGGAGGAUGAAAAACGUCAAAUAUCUCAACUCAUAUGCCAUUUUAUACGGAAAGUCUAUUUUGAAAAUGACUUUGAAAAACAAUUGAGCUUCUAUGUGGAGGCAAGAGGUACAUUUUCCAAUCUAGACGCCGUCUACAACACACUGGUGCACUCGGUUAACAAACUGGCCAUGGAAACAUGUCAAAUUGUCCAAUACAAACAUACGAGAAAAACUUUGGGAUUUGUUAAGGCCUGUGUGGCCUUUUGCUUUAUAACCAUUCCCAGCAUAUCCUCGGUGCAACAACAGAUGGACCUAUAUCUGCUAAGUGGACAGGUUGCCUUGGUGAAUAACUGUUUGGGACAAGCUGAUUCUUGCUUUGAGGAAGCUUUAAACUUGGUGCCAGAAUUGAAUAAAAGCCUUGAAAUGGAGGGGAAGUCCAGAACAAUGGACAAUUAUUUGGUAUCGUUUCUCAAUAAUAUGUUGGCCACAUUGGUAUUAGUUCCGGAUAGUCCCGAACAAGGAGUUCUAUAUUUGUUGCGUUUGCUGUUGGAUGUUAUGCAGAAUUAUGAAUUUGUUAUGGAUAGCCUGCCAGCGGUGGUCUACUUGAAUGCCUUGGAUAUGUUGUAUGUUCAAAGUUUAGAUGCAUUUCCCUAUCACAUUCCAGGAGUUGUUUCCAAUGAUGAAUUAUAUGGCCAUGAUCCCAAGUUUUUGGGUGAAGUGAAUAAUUUAUGCAGCUUUGUGGUGGAAGAAAUCUUAAGACGUUUAAGCCAAUUGGGCAGCGCCCAACAAUAUAAAUUGCAAGCCACACUUUCCCUAGAACUAUUGCUGCGCAUAGUACGUUAUGCUGAUUUAGCCAAGGAUCAAAUAUUUCUCUUGGCUGUGAACUUAGGUCUAUUGGCCAUGAAACAUGAAGCUUACCUGGAACCCAAAUAUAUUCCACGUAUUCUAAGAACCUUGGAGGAUUCCCAUAAAAUAAUGCAGGACUCGAAAUCACCACAAGCAUCGUAUAUACAACAAUUACUUGUACGCUUAAAUUAUAAAUAGUUUUUUAAUAGAUCUGGAAGAACUUUUAAUCAUGGAUCUGUUCUCUAAACAAAACAAAAAAAUUAUAAAACUUAAGCCAGUGUUGCAGUCAAUGCUAACAUUUCCAUUUAAUAUGCUCUUCAAUUAGGUAAAAAACAUUGAUUUCCAAAGGAAAUUUUAUAUAUAAAAUUAUUUAUAUG